AUGAAGUUCGUUUACGGGGCUGCGAUCAUCUCGACUGCGACCCUUGUUUACGGUCAUGGCUACCUGACCAUUCCAUUCAGUCGGACUCGGCUCGGCGCAGAGGCUGGCCUUGAUUCUUGCCCUGAGUGCUCCAUCCUUGAACCCGUGGAGGCGUGGCCUGAUCUGACCGCAGCGCCUGUUGGACGGAGCGGUCCUUGCGGCUACAAUGCCCGAGUGAGCAUCGACUACAACCAACCGACCUCCAACUGGGGCAACUCGCCGGUUGCGAGUUACUCACCGGGCCAGAUCGUCGAUGUGGAGUGGUGUGUCGACCACAACGGUGACCAUGGUGGCAUGUUCAGCUACCGCAUCUGUCAGAACCAGACUCUGGUAGACAAGUUCCUGGCCCCAGACUACCUCCCGACCGAGGCCGAGAAGCAGGCCGCCGAGGACUGUUUCGAGGCCGGCACGCUGUCCUGCACGGAUGUGUCGGGGCAAGACUGCGGAUACAGCCCCGACUGCUCGGAGGGCCAACCAUGCUGGCGCAAUGACUGGUACACCUGCAAUGCCUUUGAAGCGGACAGCAGGCGGGGAUGCCAGGGUGUCGACAACGCCCCCCAGGGCUCUUGCUACACCAGCAUUUCGGGUGGAUUUCCCGUCACCAAGAAGAUCCGCAUCCCCGACUACCAAUCUUCCCAUACGCUGCUCUCCUUCAAAUGGAACUCGUACCAGACCGGCCAAAUCUACCUCUCAUGCGCCGACAUCGCCAUCGGUGCCGGGUCGAACGCCGAGAGCAGUGCAACCACGCUCGCAACCAGCACCCGGUCGCAAACAGCAACUCCUGGCGCGUCUUGUGCCGCUGCCGCUUCCGUGGCGGUCGCCUUCAGAACUCGGGUGAGCACCGCGUGGGGCGAGACCGUCAAGAUUGUCGGCUCGAUCCCCGAGCUCGGCAAUUGGGACCUGUCAGUGGCGCCGGCUUUGUCACCCGCCGAGUACACGACCUCGGACCCAGUGUGGACCUCCACCAUCAACCUGGCCGCGGGGACGGAGUUCGAAUACAAGUUUGUCAAGGUGACGACGAGCAACGAAACAGCCACCUGGGAGAGCGACCCGAACCGGUCGUACACCGUGGCGCGGGGGUGUGACACGACCGCUGUGAGCGAGUCGUCGUGGAGAUGA